AUGGGCGAUUUAUGCCCGCAGGUUGACACCAAGCCGGCAAGCGACAUUCUGGCGGGGGCGGUUGCGCGCGCGGCCAGCCAGGGGACGAUCCACCCUCUGGACACCCUCAAAGUGCGCAUGCAGGCCGAGGGCGGCCUUUCCAAGUACGCCAAGCUGGUGCCGCCCCCAGGUAUGAUAAAGAGAGGAGUACCACUUCCCCCGGCCUGUGCUGAUCAAAUGCUCCUGAAUGCGCCAGGCGCCACAGCGGGCAAGGCGGUCAAGCGCAUGCUGCCGAGGGUGGCCAGCCUAUACAAGGGAGUUGUGGGCGCGGCCAGCGGCGCAGGAAUAUACAUCGGGACCUACUUUGCGUUCUAUGGCGCGGCGUGCAACGUGCUGUCCCGCCGCACCGACCUGUCGCCCGGCGGCAUUGCCUUUGUCGCCGGGGGGAUCGCCGCCGCCGGGGGGUCCGUCGUCAAAGUGCCGCUCGCCGUCUGCAUCCGCAGCGUCCAGGCCGGCGUGUACCCGAACGUGUUUGCGGCAUCGCGGGCGAUUAUCGACGCGGCGGGUGUGCGGGGGCUUUUCACCGGGUACCUGCCCACGCUGCUAGAGGAUGUCCCGGACAUGGCCUUCAAGUUUGCCGCCUACGAGUCCCUGCGCUCCCUGCACCGACGGGCCAAUGGCGGCCGUACCGCCAACGCGCAGGAGGAUUUCGCGAUGGGCGCGGCUGCGGGCGCGUUUGCCGCCGCUGCCACAACGCCGCUGGACGUGAUCAAGACCAACAUGAUGUGCACGGCCGCCAGCCGCCCUACCAUGGCCUCCUCCGCGCGCACCAUCCUCGCACAGGGCGGCCCCUCCCACUUUUUCAGGGGAGUUGGCCCGCGCGCGCUGAGCAACGGUAUCAACUCGGCGGUGUUCUUCUGCUUCUUUGAGGCGCUGCGCUCCACCUUCAAGCAGCGCAAGGCCCUGGUGCGCACCACCUCUGCAAUGUGUGAAGGCCAGCUUUCAGCUGUUUCUCUGCGUGCAAGUUUCUUCGAACAGGAGGGUUCUGUAUGCAUGCUGAUGCAAAGGGCAAGGCUCCAAUGCUUGAUUGGGCUGGCUUGUCAACUCCAGUGCAGACCAAAGGGUGCUGGAUGA